GGGUGGGAGGCGGCGGCCGCGUUGCUACAGCAGGAGCCUGGGCGGCGGCAGCAGCAGCGGCAGCGGCAGCGGCAGGAGCGAGAGUAGUAGGAGCCGGGAGAGCCGCAGUCUGUGGUGCCAUGGAAGGGCAGGGAGAAAAUGGAAGUGUAGUACAAAUUGGGGAAUUGUUACCAUGCAAGAUCUGUGGAAGAACCUUCUUUCCAGUUGCCUUAAAAAAGCAUGGGCCAAUUUGUCAGAAAACUGCUACUAAAAAACGGAAGGCCUUUGAUUCAAGCAGGCAAAGAGCUGAAGGAACUGAUAUUCCAACAGUAAAACCACUUAAACCUCGGCCAGAACCUCCAAAGAAACAGUCCAACUGGAGAAGAAAACAUGAAGAAUUCAUUGCCACCAUAAGGGCAGCUAAAGGACUUGAUCAGGCACUUAAAGAGGGUGGCAAACUUCCACCACCACCUCCACCUUCAUAUGAUCCUGAUUACAUUCAGUGUCCAUAUUGCCAGAGAAGAUUCAAUGAAAAUGCAGCUGACAGACAUAUUAAUUUCUGUAAGGAACAAGCUGCUCGUAUUAGUAACAAAGGGAAAUUUUCUACUGAUACUAAAGGAAAAUCAGCUUCUCGAACACAGUACAAGCCUCCCACCCUUAAAAAGACAAAUUCUCCAGCAACAAUGCCUUCAGCAUCCUCACGUUUACCACAACCAAGUAGUGUCAGCAAGUCUAUUAUAGCUGCACCUUCAAGUAAAGGGUCUUCUGUCAGUGGCUCUUUCGGAAGCAAACUUCAGAACUUAUCUCCCUCUCAUAAAGGAGUAACAGCUCCAUAUGCAGGUAAGAUGGACAAAUUAGGCCCACCACUUCGAACUGGAAGAGAUGUACAAAGGUUGUAUGAAAGUGAUAGAAAAUCAGACAGUGCCAUCAAAAGAAAUAAGUUAUUACCCAUUAACAAAGGUAGCACGAAAGCACGGACUUCAACACCACCUAGUUUGGCAAAAAAUUCUAUACCAGGUGUGUUAACACACAGGAGAAAAACCUAUAAUGCUGAUAGUUACACAAACAGGUCAGAUGUAGAUUAUUCAUCUGUCAAUGGAGGAGGCCUUAAAGGAAAUGAAGGAAAUUCAUCUGGACAUUUACCAAAAUUCUGCCAUGAAUGUGGAACCAGAUAUCCGGUGGAAUGGGCAAAAUUCUGCUGUGAAUGUGGCAUUCGAAGGAUGGUUUUGUGAAUAUACCAAAAAGUAAAAGACUGUAAAAGAAAGAUCUAAGCCCAUACUUCUCUACAUAGUGUUCAUGAAAACUUAGAGCACUUCCUCCAGUUACUUCUUGUUACAAAUAUGCAAACAUAGUAAUUUUUUGAGUGCAAUCCUUUUUGGCUGC